UUAACCUUCGUAGAUUUUGGGUUAACGUACAAUGUUGGCGGUACCGUUGGAGCCGGGACAAGCAGUGCAUGCCAACCAAGUACAACCUCAGGUAGAGCCCCCGCAGAGUCCUUCAAACCUAGAAAAGGAGCUGAAACAACAGCAAACAAAGUCCAACACAGCGAAAGCUCCAACGAACUACUUACCACCCCCGCCGCCCCCUCUUUUACCUCAAAAUGACGCCAUUUCCGAUGAAGCUAACGCAAUGCUGGAUAACCUCAGUUUCGAAGAAAUUGUGGAAGACGUUUUGUCAACUUUGAAGAAACAUCCGGAAAUAUUGAAAGAACUUGCACUAGAUGAAGAACAGAAAUCUGGGAUAGUAAUUGACCAGGAAGACGAACAUCUCCCGACCAAUUACCAGAUGCCACCUCCACAGCUCCACCAGAUGCCCCAACGCGUGGAGAAGAAAGCAGGCGGUCGGUACCAAGAUCACAAGCGCGGGAGCAAAUAUCCAGGGUCUUACUGGAAGAAGAAAUACGGUGGCAAGUCCUCCUCUGAGUCUUCUGAGAAUGAGUCAGAGACAGAGGAAUCGGACGAGUCCUCCCAAAUGUCCAUCAGCAAGCCCUCCUCGUCUUCAUCUUCAUCCAGUUCGUCAUCAGAGGAAACGUCUUCCCAGGAGUCUGAUGAAUCUUCUGAGGAGUACUCGAAUUACAUUCCACAGAAACGAGUGAAGGAAAUACCAGAGGAGACCAUUGAUCUCCUCGCACUUCCGCUGGAAGGAGGAAGUAAAGUAAAUGAGGGGAGCAAACGUUUUCAUGGGUCAAGGACACAAAAGAACAACGAGAGACCAUAUACGGCAUGGACACAGCCAGAAGGAAACCCGCAACAGCUGACACCUAACGCAGGCAACGACCGACUUAUCUUGGAGAGCCCCUUCAUAAACUCACUGCCUCUGUUUCUCCCCGGGGAUUUGGCCAGAAACAAAGACCAGGAAUUGACACCGGAACACCAGGCCGAAAUCGAGGCCCUUGCACGGAUGGAAGCCGAGAAUGAGUCCGUAGUAGAAAAUGGAGGGGAGAUGGGUGAAGGGGAGGAGGAGAAUGCCCCAAUCAAAGAUAUGGAACAGUUGCAGUCGCUAGAAAAUAAGGAAAGAAAGAAGCAGGAAGAAAGGGCGAAGAAAAUGAACCUUUCAGCCGACAACAACAAUGCGCAGUCAGACGCCGAGGAGGGAGAGCUGAUGGCCCUGGCCAAUGACGGAGGUCCAAAGUAGAAGGCCAGCAGGGAUUCUGAAUAGAGAGAUAAGACAUGACAGAUACAAGCCUUUAGAAAGAUUUCAUAUGUGUUUGCAGAUGGUUGAUCUGCGUUUUAUGUUAUCACCUUCCACCGUUUAUUGUGUUUAUUGGCUAUAGAUCGUGUACAUAUUAACACCGUUCACUUACCUCUCCAGCAGUUUGUGACAAUGUUGUGUAGUGGUUAUCGUUAAUAUAUUUCCAACUAACAUAAAAUAAUCUUUAUAUUUAAAUACUGUCAUUAUUACGAAAAAUCGCCGUUUUAACAUAAAAGGACAAUUUAAUGGUAAAAGAU